AUGGCCUCCCUCGUUACCAAAGGCCUUGUCUCUGCCGUCCUGGGCGCUGCAGUCGCCCAAGCCCAACUCUGGGACCAAGUCAUCCAAACCAACUACGGUCCCGUGCAAGGCUUCAAGUACUUCAACGAGUCGACCCUCGAGAAAUUCUUUGACGUUGCUGAGUCUAAUGUUACCGCGUACUUGGGCGUUCCCUUCGCUGCGGACACUGGUUAUCAGAAUCGCUGGAAGCCGCCUCAACCCCGCGAGACAUGGAACGAAACACUGAAAGCGACCUCGUUUGGCCCUGCGUGUCCUAGUGGCUCCAGCUCGUACAUCAGCGAGGACUGUCUCAGUCUGAACCUCUGGACCAAUGCCGGCUCUGCGGAUGCCAAGCUCCCCGUCAUGGUGUGGAACCAGGGCUCCGAUGAGCCCAGCGACGACGCUUGGUGGUAUGGCGGCGGCAUGGCCCUCAAGGACGUUAUCCUCAUUACCUUCAACCGCCGCGAUGAUGCAUUCGGAUACCUCGCGCAUCCCGAGUUAAACGAAGAGGGGUAUGAGGCUACCGGGCAUCGCACCUCUGGCAACUACGGUGUUCUCGACCAGCUCGAAGUCCUCAAAUGGGUGCAGAAGAACAUUGCCAAGUUCGGUGGUGACCCAGACCGCGUGGUUGUCGCGGGCCAAUCUUUUGGUUCCUCCCAGGUAUACCACGCAGUCAACUCCCCGCUAUUCAAGGGCUACUUCCACGGUGGUAUCUCCGAGUCUGGUAUCCGAUACCCCUAUGAUCCCCUCCUCGCCGGUCUCGCAACCUCGUACGUCAACAUGUCCACGGCCAUCUCCCACGGCACCAACUACACAACCUUCCACAACGCCUCGAGCAUCGCCGAACUCCGCACCCUCUCCACAGAAUCCCUCCUCAACGGCUCGCAGGACCGCGUCAACGGCACCUGGAUCGACUAUGUAACCGCUCUUUCCGCCAUGUACCCCCUAAUCUUCAAACCCGUGCUCGACGACUACGUCCUCCCCUCCAAAUACAUCGACACCCUCCACGACGGCCCCGCCAACGACGUCCCAGUCAUCACAGGCAACACGAAGGACGAAUCCGGCGCAAUGACCACCACCGACUACUCCGUCUCCGAAUACAACGAAUACUGCUCCCUGAAAUACGGCAACCUCUCCUCAACCUACUUCAAACUCUACCCAUCCAAUGGCACAAACGCCACAGCUGAUAGAUCCUGGAACGCAGCCGCCCGCGACGCCUCCCUCGUCGGAUCCUGGGCCUACGCAACAGAAUGGUACAGAUCCGCUUCCUCCCCAUUCUACACGUACUACUGGACACACGCCCCCCCAGGCCAGUCUCAGGGCGCCUUCCACCAGAGCGAAAUCAUGUACGCACUGAACGCUCUCUACGCCAACGCCAAUGACUACCCCUUCACGGACACGGACUACGAAAUCCAGGAGAAGAUGAGCGCGUACUGGGCGAACUUUGCGAAGACGUUGGAUCCGAAUAAGGGUGACUCGUACACAGGGAAGGGGGAGUUGCCGGAGUGGACUCCUAAUGAUAAGAAGGGGACGAAGGUGGUCAUGGAGUUGGGAAAUGCGUUUGAGGAUGUGAAGAUUGCGAAGGACGAGCAGGUGGAGUUUUUGAUGGAGUGGUUCCAUCAGCAGGUGCCUUAUUAGGUUCUCGGAGUCAUAGUACAGUGAGGUUGAUGAUUGAGCAUAGCUCAAGUGAG